AACUUGACGCAGGCCUGUACCUGCCGUAUGGUUAAAGUCCAGCACUCGCAGACUGAACUCGGUGUCGUUGGCUUCCGAAGUUAAAACCAGAAUGGCUCCGUUAAAGUUUUGUGCGAAUAUUUCCUGGCUGUUCACGGAGCUUCCGGACUUCAGCCAGAGAAUAUACGCGGCCGCCUCGGCUGGCUUUCGGGCUGUGGAGGCUGCCUGGCUCUACGACUCAGACCUGCAGGAGCUCCAGAAAGCCAGAGAGGCUACAGGAGUGGAGGUGGUCCUCAUCAACACCCCGCCCGGAGAUGUAAAGGCAGGUGAUCUCGGCCUUGGAGCUGUUCCUGGGAGAGAGAAUGAGUUCAGGCAGGGUCUGGAUCUGACUUUGAAGUAUGCAAGAGCUUUGAACUGCAAAAGGAUACACCUGAUGGCUGGUCGGGUUCCAGUGGACUCCCACAGAACAGCAGUUGCCAAGGAAAUGGAGUCCGUCUUUGUGCAGAACCUAAACUAUGCUGCUGAUAUCCUCUCAAAGGAAGGAAUCACUGGAUUGAUCGAGCCAAUCAACACCCGGAUCACGGACCCCAGGUAUUUUCUGGACUCCCCUCAUCAGGCGGCUGCAAUACUGGAUAAGGUUGGAAAGCCAAACAUUAAACUGCAAAUGGAUGUCUUUCACUGGCAAAUAAUGGACGGAAAUCUGACCCAAAACAUACAGAAGUUUUUCCCCAUAAUUGGUCACGUUCAGAUCGCCCAGGUUCCGGGCAGAAAUGAGCCGGACAGCGACGGAGAGCUCAGCUACAGCUACCUGUUCGACACGCUAGAAAACCUCGGCUACCAGGGGUACAUCGGCUGUGAAUACAAGCCGCUAGGUUCUACAGACGAGGGUCUAAGUUGGAUCAAACAAUACUGGACUCAGAAAAGGUGUUGAGGGCAAGCGACCGAACACAAAGCUGUCCUAAUGUUAGAUGCUCAGACACUGGCCUGUGGCCUUACGCCUUAGGAAAUCCCCCGAAAAUGGUUUCAUAUCUUGGAAAAUGGUGUUCUUAUCAGAGCUCAAGGAGGAUACACGUGUUUGUUCUUCCUUAUCAGCGUUGCGUCUCCGUAACUAUGGCAACUGCUGCAGACGCAACGGAACUAAAAGGAAAUAAUAAACCAAUGAUGUAUGUAUUUUAGAGUUUCCACCAGAGUAAAUGCAAAUAUGAUAAUGAACACACAGCCGUCUAAGUGCCACUGAAAGACCAGAGUUCAUAUUGGUCUUUGUUGUUUUAUAACAGAAUUUAAUCAAAUAUUUUUUUUCACAUCGUCUUAAGUGCAAUGAUUUAGUUUUUUUACUUGUAUAAUUUGUAUAAAUGUUACAGCUAUUUUGAUUGUGAACACUUAAAGUGUGAUAGUUGCCCUGGAUGACGCUCUUGAUGUUUUGUCUUAAAUGUACGCCGAUCCAGCAUAACAUUAUGACCACCUGGGGUCAUUAUGGGUUGAGAGGAGGGGCCUCUGUGGAUCAAGGUUGUUACAGGACGGAUACUUGAUCAGUUUGGGAUCUGGAGAAUUGGGAGGGCAGGUCAACA